CCUCAGUAGUGUUCAACACCUGGGCGGCGUCACACCUCCACACCUCACAUCUUCACGCCAACACCUGUCUGCUCUUAUUGCCUCACUUGUCGCCUCCUGACACGUCUCUCACCCCACUACCCACUCUCAACAUCUGCCUACACUGGAGCUGUGAGGUUCGCACUACUGGUGUUCCACCACUUUCAUGGAACCCGGGAUGUUUACUUGUGGCAUCUUGUAUCAUACUACAGAUAUGCGAGAUACCAAAAGUGCCAUCUAGAAGCAAGCGACUGAUAGUGAAUUGCUGGAAGUGCCUGAGACAGUGUCCACGCCACCCUCCCCGGCUCCUGCAGUGAUCAGUUGAGGGUAGCGUCAUUGACUGGUCAGCUGCCUCCACAGCCUGGAAGCCAGGGUGGGCGUGGUGCCAGGACACACGUGUUUCACCACUAGUGACGAGGAACAAGUGAAAGUAAAUGUCCAACACAAAUUCGUGAGCCCAGGUCUCCCUCCUUCCCUCCCUCACCACUAUACUAGACUUUGGAUACUAAACUUGUACACUAGCAAGUUCUUUCUCUCGACCCCCCUCAACGGCUACCACACACACACACACACACACACACACACACACACACACACACACACACACACACACACACACACACACACACACACACACACACACACAUCUUCCUUGAAAAACUUUUGUUUUCUGACGACCUUUGAGUGUGAGGUACUUUACUGACUCGAGGAAUCAAGUGUAUGAGGCUGUGACUUGGACUCCAAGUUUCCCGGUGAGACACUCGGAACAUUUACAAGUGAGUGGUGUGGCUUUGACCAGCUACAGUACUGAAUUAUUGCUGAGUGUGGUACAGUAAGUCGUCUUAGCGGGAUCAACAGCCGAGAGAGCAACAAGACAGCAACGGAUACCAGUGACAAGAUGAAUGUAUUAUGAACCAUCUUCACGCUAAGUGCAGUGUGGUUGAAGGUUCCUGUUCUUCAUGUCUUGUGUUGCUGGUAAACUUUCUUGGCCGUCGCCACACAACCGCAGUCUCCGGACACAGAAAACGGCUCGACCGCCUUCGUUUACCCAUAACUAUAGUAUUUAACCUUGAUACCUAACCACACUAAAUAAUCCCGCCGUCAGGCAUCUCUUCUGACGCCUAGCCAGUGACGACAGCUUUUGUCCGAGGACUAUAGAAACGAGGCGUAGUCAUUGAUUACAGGGAUUAUAUGAAGGAAACGUGAGGUGAGGCAGUGUGUGUGGUGUUGGGAAGGUGAGAGGUUGUGUUUAAGGAUCAGGAGAGGUAGUGGUGGUGGUGGUGACACUGUGAAGCAUGUAUAACUCAGCAGUGGAAGAAUACGUUCCCUGGAAGCCUUGGUACCUCCACUACCCGCCCACUAACCAGGUUGAGGAUGUUAUCGACGAGAUUCUCAACCUGGAGGAGGGUCUGGACGCUGCUGACAGUCUCAAGACUUACGACCAUCAGGCUUCCACUGUGCCUCCUGCGCAGUUGAACAGUAGUGUGCCAGGCUCUAUAUGUGACCUGCUAGGACUCAAUGGCUACAUGGGCAAGACCUCCAACUCUUGCCCAUCAGAUGUUGCUCAGGUUAAGUCAGAGCCUCCUGUUAAUGACCAGCAGAUGGUCGCUUUCAUAAAGGAUCGACAAAAGAAAGAUAAUCAUAAUAUGAUUGAACGAAGAAGACGAUUUAAUAUUAAUGAUAGGAUAAAGGAGCUUGCUACACUUCUACCCAAAAGCAAUGAACCGUAUUUUGAGCUUGUUCGGGAUCUCCGACAUAACAAAGGACAGAUUCUGAAGGCCUCGGUUGAUUACAUACGAAGACUUAAACUUGAUAUAGAGUACAACAAAGAAGUUGAAGCUAAACGAAGAGCCCUAGAACAACAAAAUCGACAGCUUCAUUUAAGAAUACAGGAGUUGGAGACUAAGCUUCGAACAAAUGGCAUCAAGGUGGAGGAGACCAAUAUUGACCAGAGCCUCUUGCUGUCUACACUCAUCAAGUCUGAGGUGGUAAAUAACACUGGGGGUCAAAAUGAUAUGAAGAAGGUGAGGUGUAACUACAAUCUCACAGGAUCCCUGCUUGACGAGCUAUUGGAAGACUUCACAUCAGGAGGGUUCAACUUGGACUUGAUGGAUGAUGAUGGACCAGCUUUUACAAGUGAUCCUGUAUUUUCUUCACCCCAGGUCUCUUCGCCGAAUUCAUCUCAUCACUCAUUUGACGAUGCUCUUACACCAGACUCUAUGGAUAUUGUUGCGUGAUUGUAUACAAGUGAUGCUACCCAUGGAUUUAACUGUGAAUGCUGAAAUAUAGCAGAGUAAAAGUACAGGAUAUCCAAACAAUGUUUCAAAAUCAAAAUUAUAAACAGCAUUAAUUUAAGAAUAUGAAGUGUAUCCCUAAAUGUGUAAAACUCUAAUUAGAUCAUGUUUUGUACCUUCAUUAAUGAUGCACAUGUUAUAACUAUAAACUAAAUGGAGUAGAUAAGAAGAUUGCUAUUUAUUAAAGCAUUCAUCUGUAUAAUGCAAAUGAAAAUAUAUGACUUAUAAAAAAUAAUACAAAUAAAGCAUAAACAUUUUUAGAAAGCUAUAUAAAGUAAAGAUAAGUAAGGUUCUGUGUGUAUAUUAAUGCUUCACAUUUCUGACUCCUGCUAGGCCUAAAUGUCUGAAGUUUUCAUAACACAUACGUGCAGUUUCUCAAGUAGAAUGGCAUCUUCUCAAAGAAAAAUGUUUAGUACUGUUUGGGGCCUUGACAUCACAAGUCACUAGUAUAAAGAAUAUAAAAGAAUGAUCACUUUGCCUAUUUGGAGGUUUGAACUUGAAUCUUAGUUAAUUUGUGCUAAAAUAAAAAAGUAUGCAGUACUAAUUUUGGGUUUCAAAAUAUACAGCACUUCAUUUUUUACAGUUUUCCCUCUGUGGGUGUCUUUCAUCAAAAUAACAUAUAUAAUAUGCAAAACAACCACUGUGAAAGAGUACAGAAAUUCCAAGCGCUUUCGUGACUACUCACAUUUUCAAGGAGCAAUAAAAGUAAUGCAUCAAAGGAAGGCAUAUAAAGGGUCUAGACCACACCUCACUAUCACAUCCCACAACAAAGCAGGCCAGCGGGUCUGCUGCAGUAUUCUCUUUCUUAUGAGUCGCGUGUCAGGUGUUGCUUUGUUGUGGGAUGUGAUAGCGAGGUGUGGUCUAGACCCUUUAUAUGCCUUCCUUUGAUGCAUUACUUUUAUUGUUCCUUGAUAAUGUGAGUAGUCACGAAAGCGCUUGGAAUUUCUCUAUUCUUUCACAGUGGUUGUUUUACACACCAUGUCACCUGACACUCGCAGGAUACAGAUGACACCCUUUUCAGGGUUAUAACACAUUUUCUACCGUGUCACACGACACCCUUGUCUCUGCAUUAUAACACUGUGUCCACAUUACACCCUAUUCUCUGUGUAACUCUACACACCUCUACCGUGUUAUAGCACUCCUCCUCAUCUGUCACACGACACAAUCUCUCCGCGCUAUAACAUUCUCUUCUCUAUCACCCGCAUAGCGUCUUUCUCCUUAGAGGCCAAACUGGCAAAUCAUGCCGGUAAAAUCAGCCGGAGGCCAGCAAGGUCCAAUGAGGUCCGUAGAAAAGGCCAAUAAAACUGCGACCAGGGGCCCACAGGUAAUGAGUCCAGCACGGCCAACAGGCAACCAAGUCCUGAGGCCCAUGAUAACUGAAGCCAGCAGACUAAGCGAGGCCUGCAGGUAACUUAAGUCUGCAGGAUCUGAGUGACCAGUAAAACUACAGCCAGGAGGCCCUCAGUUGACUGAAGUCAGCAGUGAGUCAGUUGGUAUCAUGGUGUACUCCAUGAAGGAAUCUGGUGAACACUUGCAGUAAAGCCGGCUCAGCAGUCCCCAUGUUGAGUCUGAUGAUGUACCCGUGGUACUGCAAGCCGGCAAGUUAACAAUCUGACCACUAGUUUGGUAGGAGGCCACAACACUCACACAUGCCUGCUGUAUGUCCAAGCCCCUUGUACACAAAACCUCGCACCCCCUCCUCCCUCCACUACAGAUUUAUACACCAAAGUCAUCCUAUUUUACUCUGUCCUUUCUAAAUUACCUGGAGUUUACCUGGAGAGAGUUCCGGGGGUCAAUGCCCCCGCGGCCCGGUCUGUGACCAGGCCUCCUGGUGGAUCAGAACCUGAUCAACCAGGCUGUUACUGCUGGCUGCACGCAAUCCAACGUACGAGCCACAGUCCGGCUGGUCAGGUACCGACUUUAGGUGCUUGUCUAGUGCCAGCUUGAAGACUGCCAGGGGUCUAUUGGUAAUCCCCCUUAUGUAUGCUGGGAGGCAGUUGAACAGUCUCGGACCCCUGACACUUAUUGUAUUGUCUCUUAACGUGCUAGUGACACCCCUGCUUUUCAUUGGGGGGAUGUUGCAUCGUCUGCCAAGUCUUUUGCUUUCGUUGUGAGUGAUUUUCAUGUGCAAGUUUGGUAUUAGUCCCUCUAGGAUUUUCCAGGUGUAUAUAAUCAUUUAUCUAAAUGCACUAGAAGACAAAAAGAAUGCAGAUGUAAUAUAUACAGACUUUGCAAAAGCCUUCGACAAGUGUGACCAUGGCGUAAUAGCGCACAAAAUGCGUGCUAAAGGAAUAACAGGAAAAGUCGGUCGAUGGAUCUAUAAUUUCCUCACUAACAGAACACAGAGUAGUCGUCAACAGACUAAAGUCCGAGGCAGAUACGGUGAAAAGCUCUGUUCCACAAGGCACAGUACUCGCUCCCAUCUUGUUCCUCAUCCUCAUAUCCGACAUAGACAAGGAUGUCAGCCACAGCAUUGUGUCUUCCUUUGCAGAUGACACCCGAAUCUGCAUGACAGUGUCUUCCAUUGCAGACACUGCAAAGCUCCAGGCGGACAUCAACCAAAUCUUUCAGUGGGCUGCAGAAAACAAUAUGAAGUUCAACGAUGAGAAAUUUCAAUUACUCAGAUAUGGUAAACAUGAUGAAAUUAAAUCUUCAUCAGAGUACAAAACAAAUUCUGGCCACAAAAUAGAGCGAAACACCAACGUCAAAGACCUGGGAGUGAUCAUGUCGGAGGAUCUCACCUUCAAGGACCAUAACAUUGUAUCAAUCGCAUCUGCUAGAAAAAUGACAGGAUGGAUAAUGAGAACCUUCAAAACUAAGGAGGCCAAGCCCAUGAUGACAUUCUUCAGGUCACUUGUUCUAUCUAGGCUGGAAUAUUGCUGCACACUAACAGCACCUUUCAAGGCAGGUGAAAUUGCCGACCUAGAAAAUGUACAGAGAACUUUCACGGUGCGCAUAACGGAGAUAAAACACCUCAGUUACUGGGAGCGCUUGAGGUUCCUAAACCUGUAUUCCCUGGAACGCAGGAGGGAGAGAUACAUGAUUAUAUACACCUGGAAAAUCCUAGAGGGACUAGUACCGAACUUGCACAUGAAAAAUCACUCGCUACGAAAACAAAAGACUUGGUAGACGAAGCACCAUCCCCCCAAUGAAAAGCAGGGGUGUCACUAGCACGUUAAGAGACCAUACAAUAAGUGUCAGGGGCCCGAGACUGUUCAACUGCCUCCCAGCACACAUAAGGGGGAUUACCAACAGACCCCUGGCAGUCUUCAAGCUGGCACUGGACAAGCACCUAAAGUCAGUUCCUGAUCAGCCGGGCUGUGGCUCGUACGUUGGUUUGCGUGCAGCCAGCAGCAACAGCCUGGUUGAUCAGGCUCUGAUCCACCAGGAGGCCUGGUCACAGACCGGGCCGCGGGGGCGUUGACCCCCGGAACUCUCUCCAGGUAUCUCUCCCGCCUGCGUUCCAGGGAAUACAGGUUCAGGAACUUUAAGCGCUCUUAGUAAUUGAGGUGUUUUAUCUCCGUUAUGCGCGCUGUGAAGGUUCUCUGUACAUUUUCUAGGUCAGCAAUUUCACCUGCCUUGAAAGGUGCUGUUAGUGUGCAGCAAUAUUCCAGCCUAGAUAGAACAAGCGACCUGAAGAGUGUCAUCUUGGGCUUGGCAUCCCUAGUUUUGAAGGUUCUCAUUAUCCAUCCUGUCAUUUUUCUAGCAGCUGCAAACCUCCUCAACCCUCUGCAUAUUUUUAACUCCACACCACCUGACAUUAUCUCUACAAUAUGUCACCAUCCAGUGACAAGUACUGACUUUUUUCUUUAAACUGAAAAAUAGACGAAACAUCCCUAAAGAAUAUCUUGAAAUAUUUAAAUUUUAAAUGCAAUUUAGAGAGAAAAAAGUAUGUGCUUGUUUCCUCGCCUAGUUGUCUUUGCAGAGAUUGCUUGACAACUGUAUUUAACAUCACAUCAAACAUGAUACUUUUUUACUUAGUCAUACUAAUGUAGCACCCUCCUGGUGUUCUGCCAAGCAUUUUGCAAUUUCAGUGAUAUCCAAGUGUUUUACUUUAUAUUUUGUCUUGUGCUGUUCACAUUGUAUUAACUUUCCUAUCAUAGCUCUCAUUUCUACUUAAUCAUCCAUAGUUGCAGAGAAAACCCAUUCAUUGUAUACAUUUAUACUAGUUAUUGAAGGCAUAUUCAUGUCAUAGCCAGAACAUUACUAAGAUUCAUUUGGAAGUGCUGAACUCACAUGGGUUAUAUAGCACCUGGGAAUAAAAGGCAAUUGGUUUUGAUCUGAGAAAGGGAAGGAUAGCUUCAGCAACAUGGAUCGAGCCCGUCAUCAGCAACAGGGCAUCUGCCUCCAUUUACAAGGGGCAGUCAGAACAUGCAGUUCUAAAGAAAUGCUGUUCUCUGAUACUUAAUGUUAAAAUAGAAAUAUACUCAGAAUAAACUAAAGAUUUCUCGUGUGCCAUAUUGCUCUGUAUAUGGGGAAAAUUUAUUUGAUAUGGAAUGUGCAUAUAAGUGAGAAAACUGCAUACACAUUUUGGCUCAUCUUUAAGCUCUAAUAUAAAAUAAGCCUUCAGACAUUUUUUUCAGGUUUUCUAGGGAACUGCUGAAGUUACUUUAAUCUUAUGUUCCUCAUCAAAGAUUAGCUAAUGGGUACCUGAGCUUCAAUUUGUAUUGCAGUUUAUAUGGGCUUUAAUUAAAUUUUUAUGAAGUGAAAACUUUUGAAGUUGCUACUUCCAUAAUUCUACUAUAGUAAUUUGUCUAAUGCUCCACCUUCUAUUUAUUAGUUGCCAAACACAUGAUUGCAGCAAGUUAAUGCAAUGAGUAUCUUAUUUUCAAUGAAUUUUAUAUUUAUAAAAUGCAUUAUAGGUCCAUUUUAGAAAAGUCACAUCUAUACCACAAAUAUUUAAAGCCUGUAUUGUCAAUUCAUUACCACUAUAUGAUUGCUAUUGUUUUCACUGUACUAUAAAAUGAAGUGUAAUUGAUAUGGUUAUUAAAUGCAAAUUGAAAUUUUAGAAAACAAUACAGUAUUACAACUUCAUAGAUAUUGUAUGAACAAGUCAAUAAUGGUAUCCAAUAACUACAGUGUACAUGAUAAAUAGUUGUAAAAAAAAAAAUUAAAAACUGAUAUACGAUGCAUAAUUUUGAGUUUGAAAGAAAUUACUGUGCAGUACUCUAAAACUUCCUGUCAUAAAUAUUUUACGACUGAUAACGUACAUUAGAACAUGAACAAAAAUAAUGUAACUGCAUAUGUAUAAAUAAAAUAGUACACCCUAAACUGCAAAGUUAUUGGAAGCAGUACAUGUACAUUAAUCUCCAUGUAGUUUGCAUGAUGUAAGAAUGAAUGGUUACACAAGAUGUAUGUAUGAUACAUUGCUUAUGCAUUAUAAAAUCACCAGAUUCUUUCAUUAAGCAAAUAUAUAGAUGUAUAUAGUUUGUGAUUUUAGCUACAAUUUGAUUACUUUUUUAUGUAGUCAUAUUUUCAUCCUCAAAAGCUGUAAACAGUCUUGAGGAACUUCUGCCUUUGCAAAUUUCAUAACUGUUGACUAAAGGUGUUUGGUUUUACAGAGUUUAUUCACUACGUUUCAUUAGGAUAGCACACAAUUAAGAGAUUCACGACAGUCUCAGAAUAUUAAGCAGCAAUGGAACCAGCCUAACAUUUAAUUAAGAUGUUAUCCGAGAGUUGUUUUCUGACCGUUCUUAGCUUAAACUUAUUUGGGGAACUUUUUACAUGCCUUGUUUUGUCUUUAUUAAGUUUUUAUACUAUAAAAUUUUAUUUUAUAACCAAAAACUUAGUUCAUAGAAAAAUAUAAAGUACUCGUACUUGAUUCUCUAUUACAUUACAGAGUAUUCUUACAGUGUCUGGUGUGAAAAGUCAUUAACAUGUAUUUAACUUUAUACAUAAUGCUGUUUGAUCCUUUCAAAUUGCUUUUAAUUUUAUAUGCUUCAAGGCCAGCAGAUUCAUUUAUUGUAUUGUGGAACAAUACCCAAGCUACUGGCAUGGGAAAAUAUGUACAGCAGGAAUUUUGAAAUUGUACAAUAAAAUUAUUGCAUGAAACUGAGCUUUUAUGUAAACAAGUGUUCUCUCUCAACGAUCAUGGAGCCAAUUCUAUGAAAUCAGUGAUGCCUUAAUUUUUGUGUAUAUAAUGUUACCCACUAGUACUGAAUUAGUGUGUCAAGUGUUAAUACGAGCAACAAACAAAUGUCAACUAUGAUAAAGAAGCCACAGAAUUGAGAAGUUGUUUGCAUCAUUGUAUUUUUAAAUGAGCUGUAUUCAUGGACAUUACAAUGGUCUCACCCUGAAGACUAUUAAGAAAAGUGCAUUAUGAUCAAUUCUGUGUGGUGUAAUAACUUAGCUCUUAUGUCAGUGGUACUGUCACCACUUCAUGUUAUGCUGAAUUGGUGGUCUUUACCAUGUAUGAAAAGACAACUUUAAUAAAUUGUAUAUUUGAGUAA